GAUAAGUGCUGGGCCAUAAGCACAGCAAACAACUUGUGGGUCUGCAAAAGCCAACAACCAGUUGUAGUCGCAACUUGAUUGCAUUCCGAAGUGAAAGGGGAUCUUGUUGCAAAUGGAGAAGUGGAGCGACUGCAUUGAUCUGAGGCGGGAGCGCGAGGCGGCGACAAUAGCCAGCGAAGAUUUUGCCGUAUGGUGGGCGGGGGGGCGUGCCGAACUGGAGGAGCGGCGUGCGCUGGAUCGCUUUUUCUUCGAUGAUCCCGAAUUCGAUGAUGCAGUGCAUCCCAGCUGCAUGUCGUACAAGGAGCGCUACGAGCAUGCUCUUGCCAAGGGCACCAAAUUUCUAGCCAAAUUGCGUCAGUGGCAGCGCACACGUCUCAAUCAGGAGAAGGAGCAUCAGCAUCAGGGGCCUGAGGAUGAGGAGACUAUGGACAUAAAAGCACUGCACAAUUACCGACAGCUCUUGUCGGGUCCAUUGGGCACGGCGCUGUUCCAGCAGAGCUUUCCACUGCGCCUCCACUUCUCGAUGUUUCUGAGCACACUGCUGAAUCAGGGCAACGAGGAGCAACAGCGUCUUUGGCUGGGACGCGCCUGGCGCCUGGACGGUAUCAUUGGUACCUAUGCCCAAACGGAACUCGGCCAUGGCAGCUAUGUACGCGGCCUGGAGACGCGUGCCGACUACGAUGUGGAACGGGAGGAGUUUGUCCUCAAUACACCCACGCUGACUGGCUACAAGUGGUGGCCGGGUGGAUUGGGGCACACGGCCAAUGUGGUUGUGGUGCUGGCACAGCUGUACAUACGCGGACAGCAUCAUGGACUGCAGCAGUUUCUGGUGCGGAUUAGGGAUGAGCAGACGCACCAGCCGAUGCCGGGCAUCGAUGUGGGUGACAUUGGGCCCAAGCUGGGCGCCAACGGUGUCAACAAUGGUUUCUUGGCUUUUCGCAAUGUGCGCAUACCACGCAACCAGAUGCUAAUGCAGCAUGCCCAAGUGCUCGCCGAUGGACGAUUCGUGAAGGCAUCGCAGCCUCUUCUCGUCUACGGCACCAUGGUCUUUGUGCGCGUCAUGAUUGUGCGCGACGUGAUGUUUGGGCUGCUCCAAGCGGCAACCAUAGCCACUCGCUAUGCCGCCGUGCGUCGCCAGAGUCCCAUUGAGCCGAAUGCACCGGAGCCGCAAAUCUUGAAUCAUUUGACGCAGCAGGCGAAGAUUCUGCCGGAAAUUGCGCGCGGCGUUUGCUAUCGGCUCGCUGCGAAUGAUUUGUGGUCGUUCUAUCAGCGCACCAUGCAACAGAUAACGGAAAAGGGGAAGGGAACACCUGGAGGGGGAGAGGGUCAGCUGGCUGAGCUGCAUGCGCUCAGCUGCUGUUUAAAGUCCGUGUGCACCCAGGACGCCGUCGAUGGUAUCGAUGUGCUGCGCAAAUCGUGCGGCGGCCAUGGGUAUAUGGCCUCGGCCAACUUUGACAGCAUCCAUGGCUUGGCCUGCGCAGCCUUCACCUACGAGGGUGAGCACACUGUGCUCCUGCUGCAGACAGCUCGCUUUCUGAUGCGCCAGUAUGCCAAUGCCAAUGCAAAGAAGGAGCUGCCCGCCAGCAUCUGCUAUUUGCGCAAUGCAGCGCAGUUGAGCUGGGGCAGCGAUCUGCUGGAGAAUGUGGCGCGUGCGCUGGAGAUUAGCGCCACGGAACAGGUGCGUGAGGCAUGGCAGUGGCAGCUGGAGCAGCGCACGCGUGGUGGCCACACCGAAGAGCAGGCCACAAAUUUGGCCGGAAGACGAUUGAUAGCGGCGGCAACGCUGCACGGACACGUCCAACUGGUGCGCAACUCCAUGCGCCAAAUGUUGGAGCUGAAACGUUGCGUCAAUCCGCAGCUGGGCGAGGUGUUGCAGCAGCUGGUGGAGCUGUUUGUGCUAGACACGUGCCUGCGCCAAUUGGGCGCCGUGCUCAAGUGGAACAGCAUUGGGGCUGAGCAGCUGCAGCAACUGGAGCAGCGCUACGAACAACUGCUGGCUGCACUGCGUUCCAAUGCGGUUGCCAUUGUCGAUGGCUUUGAUUUCGAUGAUCGCGUGCUCGGCUCCACACUAGGCUGUCACGAUGGUCGUGUCUAUGAGCGCUUAAUGGAAGAGGCGCGUCGCAAUCCACUCAACCAGGAACCCGUCAAUGCCACCUAUCAAACACAUCUAAAGCCACUGCUUAAGGGCAAACUGUGAGCCGCAUUUGGUGAAUACGAUGAGAGAUGUAAAUUUGGUCACAUCUCACUCAAUCUUCCACUGGGAACAGAACAGAGUAUGGCAGAGUUGGUGUUUCUAGAAGUGCAAUAUGUUUACUCUUUUUUUUUUGGAAUUACACAGAAAUCAUAGAAUUAAGCUACUAAAUUAAAUAAUAUAUAUUAUUAUAAAUAUA